UGUAUGAUCCAAAUAUCUUCAAAAACUCUUUAAUGUAGGAACUUUAAACACUGUGGUGUUAAGAGAUAUAUUUGGGACUGUAGUCGUCUAACUGGAUACUGUAUUAUCACAGCAUUAUGAAUGUAGCCUACUUUUAAAAUGUGAAAUCAAAAAUUCAAAGCGAUGAAGUUACUGUCAAAAUGAAAAAUUCUUGUUAGUAGGCUGUGAUAGUUUUCUUUCUCUCGGGAGCUGGUGCUUCUCAGGGGGGCGGUGCACCUCUCCAGACCCCUCCCGCCCCCAAACCCCCCUCACACACUGUGACCAGCAGCCAGACAGUCAGACAGGCAGGCAGGCAGCCUCCUCACUACAACCGACAGCACUCACCACCGCAGUCACAGCAGCAUCUCAUGCCUUCAGCUGCUCCGGGAUAGACAGCGGUCCAUCUGUCCGUCCGUCGGUCAGUCAGUCUAGUCAAGCAGUCAGGAGGGUGGAAGCCUGAAGCUCCCAGGUGAAGAUGCUGGAAAACGGGAGGAAGGUGUUCAAGGAGGGUCUGCUGGAGAAGCGGAGCGACGGGCUGCUGCAGCUCUGGAAGAAGAAGCACUGCGUCCUGACCGAGGACGGCGUGCUGCUGCUGCCGCCCAAGCAGCACGACCACCCGCAACACCAUCAGCCGCACCACGGCGGCGGGGACACGGGCAAAGUCAAGGAGCUGCACUUCGCCAACAUGAAGACGGUGGACUGCGUGGAACGGAAAGGCAAGUACGUCUACUUCACGGUGGUCAUGACGGAGGGGAAGGAGAUCGACUUCAGGUGCCCGCAGGACGAGGGCUGGAACGCGGAGAUCACCUUGCAGAUGGUCCAGUAUAAGAACCGGCAGGCGAUCCUGGCCGUCAAGUCCACCCGGCAGAAGCAGCAGCUGCUCGUCGUGCAGAUGCCCGGCCAGAAGACGGUCCGCAGCUCGCCGAACGUUGCGUGACCUGCGGCGAGUCCCGCGGACAUUGGUGCGCCAUCAGCGGUUAAUUGGACACUCAGCUGGAGGAUGAAUAUCGACCCGGGCUGCACCUCCCCCUGCCGUUUCACCAUCGAGCUCCAUUCUCCAGGAGAGCCCCUCUUCCAUGUAGUGGUUUCCACAGACCAGUGCCCUGUCCCUUUUCAAUACAGAGACUUAUUUCACAAAAGACUGAUGGACAAAAAGCAUGUGAGAAAACAACUGUAUUCUACCGUGCAAUGGGUUUAUCCCUUAUUUAUUAGAUGUGUAUAUAUCUUUUCUAUAAAAAUGUUAUGUUGUUGAUGAAUGUUCAGUGUGGUUGUUGCUAGAGUGGAACAGGAAAUACUUGCUCUGAGGUUUAUAGCCUACAAGUUAUUCAUAAAGUCCAUAUAAGCUUUCAUAUGUAGUUAUCUUAGGAUGGUUGCUGUAGGUUAGUUAAAUCAUUAUCGGUAAAAAUGUGUCAUUGUCCAUGUUUUCAUUUGUCAACUGAACCAAAGAAUCAUUUCAUUACAUUUCUCUCUUGUGCAGUGUUACACCUCAGAAUAUACUAUACUAAAGUACCAUAGAUAGUGUAUAUGAUGAGAUACCUGCUCGACCUAUACUUAAGUUGUUUUAACUUCUUGAUUUAUGAAUUGCUACAGAACAGUUAGUAUUGUCAUUGUGUACAUCAAUAAUUUUCCCUAAUUUUAUUUAGCUGCAUUCAUAGAUACAAAAGCUAUUUCUUGCUUUCUGGUGAGUCUUAAAUCUGAGUAAGAUACCAGUUUAUUACCCUCAGUUUGCUUUCAGUGGUUACAGAGAAGAGCCUAGCUGUAGCACGUAACUAACAUGCACCUGGGGAGUUUUUGUAAUAUUGACAAUUUUCAGAAGCUGAGUUGCUCCAAAGACAGUUUCAGUGGUCGCAUUAAAUUCUAGUGGGUGGAAACAAAUAGCCACCGUUUUUCUGGUACAGUAACAUAAAACUGAAACUCAAAAAUAAUCACUAAAGGAAACCGAAAUGGCUCCAAACUAUUUUUGCACUACAUAUCCUGCACUUCCAACAAUGGCCACUAUGCCAAAAUUGUCUUAAAUCCUAGCGCUGUUUCUGGGCACCUAGCGAAAUCACAACAUCAAAUCUAGCACUGCUGCAAGGUCCCGUAUCUUCACUAUCGCUUGGAAAAUGAUGGCUCAAUUUGUUUUGUAGAAGCGAGCUAACUUCUCCAGUAGGCUGCAAGGCCCCAUAACUGCAAAACAGCAAGGGCCUGAAAGUUUUGUUCACAAAAUAAACUUGUUUUUCAACUUUUUUAGCUUGUUAGCUAGUUGCUUAUCCUCUAAUAUCAUAAAUACAGUGAACUUUGUAUUUUGACUUGACUUGCUGUCUGGCAAUUCAAUGUUACCAACUUGAACUUGCCAACUACAUCUAUUUAUGUUUACUACAACCAGUCUGAUUAUUUCUGUCUCUGUAGCAGCUCUGCCUCUGACAAAUGAUCAUGAAACCGUCUCUCUAAUCUGCAAGUUAUAUAUUUUAAGGCAUGAGAUGAUAAUAACACUUACAAUGUGAUUAUUGUGAAACUUCUGAAGGUGAUGAUAUGAAAACAGGGCAACAUUUAGUGGAACGCGACAGUCUCAGAAAUUGCCUCUAUUGUACAUUUCAUAACAGAGGGAUGUCUUGCUGUCAGGAAGCAUUUUAUUUCGCUGUGGCACAUUUUGUUUCCUGUUUGCUGGAAGUGUUUCCCACUGCUUUCCCCUCUUGCCAGUGUAUCACCGCCAAACCAACACAUGCCUCCGUGUUGCUGUCAUCUUUCACACAGGGUAAUAGCUGUGCCCUUUAUCUAAUGCAACUGGUGUGAUGCUUCUCUGACAUACCUUCCUGUUGCCAUCAUUACACACACAGUUAUAGCUGUGCCCUUUGUAGCCACUGUCCACUUUCUUAUUUCAACGUGAGAUCUAUUUUCAUACCUUGAAAAGAUACAUUCCAUUAAAAAAAAAACAAAAACAAACAAACA